UCAUCUCCCAUUCACAGUAGCCUCAUACCUUGUGACUAGUACCUGAAACUGCUCUGACGUCAGCGAUAGGUUAUACAUUCUCAGAAGGCUUCACACAGCACUAACCCUCUGUGGCUCCACCUCUGUGGGAGGAGACGUGAUCGUGUGUCACCAUCUCAAGGUGCGGCCUUGAGCGGUUGAGCCGGUUCUUUCUAGAGAACUUAUCAGGGCUGACGAGAAGCCGGGAGGGAGUCAUGGCCGACGCAGCAGCCGGAGAAGAACCUCUGUGCUCAGAUGAGCUGAACACAGACCAGCCUGAACCUGCGGACACUCUGCAACAGAACCCGCCAGAACCUGAAGCUGCUGAGGUCCAGGACGCACAGAUGGGACGGGAGGUCAGAACCCAGGACGAGCUGGACGCCGGGAGUCCUGGAGAGACGAUGGCGGGCUCAGAACCGGCCACGGAGGACGAGGGGGAGAACGGAGCCGAAGAGGAGGCGAACGAGCAGGAACCACCUCUGGGCCCCGAUGACGUGGCGUGCGACUCCUGCAUCGAGAGCCCCCGCCGGGCCCUCAAGUCCUGCCUCACCUGCCUGGUGUCCUACUGCGAGGCCCACCUCCGGCCCCACCGGGAGAAGCCCAACUUCCACAACCACCGGCUGGUGGAGCCGCUGCGGGACAUCGAGAGGCGGACCUGCGAGAGCCACAAGUGGCCGCUGGCGCUGUUCUGCCUGGCCGACGCCUGCUGCGUCUGCCAGGACUGCGUGGCGGAGGAUCACACGGGCCACGGCGCCGUUCCUGUGGCGGAGGCUCGCAGGCAGAUAGAGAGGGAGCUGAAGGAGAAGCAGACUGAAACGGUGAAGACGGCGACGGCGGCAGAAAACGCCAUCGAGAAGCUUCAGGUCAACACAGUUUCUAUUGAGCAAUCGGUGACUGAGGUGCGAGGCGUGGUCGAAAACCAGUUCCAGAAGCUGCAGGCGAUGGUGGAGAAGGCCCACAAGGAGGUGACGGAGAUCCUGGAGGUCGAGUACAAGCAAGCGAUGAAGCAGGUGGAGGGCAUCAGGGUCCACCUGGAGCAGAGGUGCACGGAGCUGAAGAAGCGCCAGGCGCAGAUAGAGAAGCUCUCCAGGAACAAGAACGACGUGGACUUCCUCCAGGACUAUUCAGAAUGGAAGAAAGAAGCGGCUGACGUUUCUCUGCCCGGCGUCUACAUCGGCCUGGUGGACGGUCUGAAAGCCUUCAGCCGCGUCAUCACGGACUCCACGCAGGAGCUCUGCACCAGCCUCGAGUCCUCGUACAUCGAGAAAGUGAGAAAGACGUGCAAAAACGAUAAAACGGGAAUAAAGACGACGGUUCAUGAAAUCGCUGCCAUCCUCCCAGAUCCAGUCACACACGCAGACUUCCUCAAGUAUGUCGCCAACAUGAGCUUCGAUGCUGACACAGCUCACAAGUUUCUGCGGUUGACAGAGGAAAACAGGAAGGUGGCGAACACCACGCCCUGGCAGCACCCCUACCCCGACCUGCCGGAGCGCUUCGAGAACUGGCGCCAGGUUCUGACCACAGAGAGCUUCUAUCUGGGCCGGCACUACUUCGAGGCGGACAUCAGCGGCGAAGGCACCCACAUCGGUCUGACCUACAAGAGCAUUGACCGCAAGGGCACCGCUGGCGACAGCUGCAUCACGGGGAACAACUUCUCCUGGUGCCUCCAGUGGAACGGACGCAGCUUCUCGGCCUGGCACAGCGGCGUGGAGACGCCCCUCGGCGUGGGGAAGUUCACCCGCAUCGGGGCGUACGUGGACUACAAGCAGGGCCUGCUGGCUUUCUACGGGGUGGACGACAAAAUGACGCUCAUCCACAGGUACCAGGCAGAGUUCCGGGAGCCUCUGUAUCUGGCUGUGUGGUUGCCUAAAAAGGAAAACGUCGUUGCCUUGGUUGCACCUGGGGAUCCGAUAGCCCUCAGGAACCCCUCCCCCCCCAGGUCCCCUCCGAAUGGGCCUGCUGCUUCAUGAGCCGGCGGCGGAGCAGCGGUGCACGUCGGGGACAAUCGAAGCCAAAAUACACUGUAUGAUGAUGUUUACAGCCCAGAACAUAAGUUCGCUUCCAUUCAAGCAUUACAUUCUGAAUUCAAACUUGUGUUGGUUCUGUUUAAGCUCAUAUCUUUGAUUGUUUUGUUGUUGUUGCUACAGUUAUUGUUCCUCUCUACACUGUGAAUGAACUUUUUGUCCUAUAUUUGUUGUUUGCAUAGACAAAUUUGAAUUUGCAUGUACAAAAUUGUACAAAAACAUGUUGAAUACGGUCUUUUGAAUUUGAACUACGUGUUGCUAGAAAUGUAAAAGUCUUAUUAUGUUGUACUUGGAAUUAUUGCUCCUAUUCUAAAUUAAUUUAGUAGAGUAUAAACUGCAACAUGUGCCUUUGAAAUAAUAAGUUGAGGUUUGAAGUAACAGGUGGGAAAACUCAAAAUCUUCCAAAAAUAAAGAUUAUAAACUGAA